CCCUGGAAGCGAAGCUAUAAUGGACAAUUUGCUGGUCGACUAAACACCAUCAUUUUUUCCUCGAAGAAUAAGACUCGAACUCAAGCGUUAGAAAAUUUAUCCUAGCCCUGAGAUGUCAGUGAAUCAUACACUACUUGACUUUCGUGUGACACCAGAUCCAUCUGGAAACUGGAUGGUAUCAGUAAGUGAGAAAAUGGGAAGAAUUAUUGAAGAAUCUUUUAAAAUUGAAAAGCCAGAGUUUAGCAGCCCUACCACCAUGCUAUUUGCUGGUCAAAAGGGAAUUCAGUGUACAGUACAGCUCUUUCCUGAUGGUCUUGUCACCCUAGAUGUUGUGCAAUACAUCAAUAAUAUUUCCAGUGAGCAAAUCCUUAAAAGAAGUGACUACAUUGAUCUCCGCGAUAAAGUAGAUGAGGCAUUGUCUUGUUCAAAGGCACAUUUCAUCCCUACCAUUCAUAGAGGAAGAGAAAUUUUGCGUUACCAUGAUACAUCAGAUGGAAGAAUGAAGGAAUAUGACUUUGACAAGGAAGUGUUUAAGCAAAAGUCUGAUUACCAAGAUGUAUGGAUUGCUCAUUCCUCACGCUAUGGAAAUAUGUUGUUUUUAGAUCUGGAAGAGAUGUUAGCUGAGAGUGACAUUGAUUACACAAAAGCAUUGUUAGGGAAUGGUAGAGAGAGCUACAAAGACAAAGAUGUCCUCAUUCUAGGAGGAGGAGAUGGUGGAGUUUUAAAUGAGCUUCUUAAGGAGUCUCCAAAGUUUGUCACUAUGGUUGAAAUAGACAAAGUUGUUGUUGAUGCAUCAAUUAGUCAUUUACGUGGAAUUUGUGGCAGCUCAAUGGAUUCAUACAAAGGACAUAAUUUUGAGAUUCGAAUUGAUGACUGUGUCAAGGCAAUGAAGGAAUAUGUGAAAAGUGGAAAGACUUUUGAUUAUGUUAUUAAUGACCUUACAGAUAUACCAGUAUCUGUCUCCUUGCAUCAUUCUCACUGGGAUUUUGUGCGCGAAAUUUUGAAUCUGACACUGCAAGUGCUCAAACCCGAGGGAAAAUUCUUCGCCCAGGGUACAAAUGGUGCAACAUGCAAGAAGCAAAUAGAGCAGUAUGAACAGCAGUUGAUGAAUCUCUGUUAUCCAGUUGAGUUUAGGAGAGAAUUUGCGUUCGUUCCUUCAUUUGAAGAAAGCUGGACUUUCUACGAAGUGUGGAGGAAGCGGACAUGACAAAUGAGUUUUAAUCUACGAAGUCCAUCGUGCAAAUCCAAAAAAUAAUCAAUGAAAAAAGUUGUUGCUAGCGUGCCCUGCAAAACUCUGGGAGUAAGGUUCGCGAAAAGGAUUCCGCGCGGCGCGCAAGCUAACUUUUUUUUUUCGCUGAUUCUUUUGGAGUUGCGCCUUUUACCUCGCAGAAAGGAGGGACUUCCCGAAGUCUAAUCCACGUGUACCCACACAGACAAACCGACCAUAAAUGAUUUAAAAAUUCAUCCUUUUCAUACGCUACAGAAAUCGUUGUUUUGUGUGAUUGUUGUUCGUAUUUGCUCCUUUUGUGCACAAAUCAUUCAGUCAACAAUGAGCUCUUACUUGCUGUUGAAGACACAGUAUACGUAACAAUAGAAUUUCAUCACAACUGGGAAUAAGGAAAGCGUGAAAACAAUAGCGUGACGUAUACUGUGUAAUGCAAUGGCAGUUAUGACAGUGUGACAUUUAUAGGUGUGAAAGGUAUUAAUAUUAAAGACUGCCAAACUUA